ACUACCCGAGAGUAUUAAUUAGCAGAACACCAAUUUUAGUGCUGGAGCCGAACUUGCAGCUGCUCAGGUUGCCUCUCAGUUCAAGGAGGAUAACGGUGUCUUGGUUGUUUACAAUUACGUCGAGACACACGGCUUUCCGGAACCAAAGCUUGGAGAAAUCGCUUCUACUGGUUACUUCAUGAGCAACCUAGACGAUGAAGAAGGAGAUGGAAUAAAGAGAGCGCUGUGUGAUGGUAAAGAUCAAUUGCCAAGUUGUUUUCAAGAUAGAGGAUUGCCCAAAUUAUUGUACUAUACGAAAAAAUGUCGCUGA